CAAACGUGUUGUCAACUGACUUUUUCGAGAAACCCAACGCCCACGCCUUCGUCGUUGCCAAACAAUUGACUACCGACAGACAACGGUCGCAAGCCAGUCAGCUCUCCAAAUCGAUUGGUAUUUUAUAUCUGAAAACCAUCAUCAUGAACUGCAAGCCCUUGAUUUUCUUCACCGUGGUGGCUGUUGCACUUUGUCUGGUGCAUUUUGGAAAUGCACUGCCCGCUAUAAGCCAUUAUACCCAUAAGCGAUUUGAUUCAAUGGGUGGCAUUGAUUUUAUUCAGGUGUGCCUCAAUAACUGCGUGCAGUGCAAGACCAUGCUGGGUGAUUACUUCCAAGGACAGACGUGCGCAUUAUCCUGCCUGAAGUUCAAGGGCAAGGCGAUCCCCGACUGCGAGGAUAUAGCCUCCAUAGCUCCGUUCAUAAAUGCGCUCGAAUAAGCCGAAGAAGAAGCGCUUCUUGGCGGUGUGAAGAGUGCGGUGUGUGUGGAGAUGUGUGCUUUUAUGGCCUGUGACUCAGGUGUGGAUUUGGGUCAAUGCGAUGCUCAACACGAUGCUCAAGUCUUGGCGAUCUUGGCUGCUGAUGUCGACCACAACGAUGAUGAAAUGACUUUGCUAAACAACUGACUUCCCAGCGCGAAACCAAAGAGUUCCUAUUAACUUGUAAUUGUGUAGAGAAUAAAUAAAAUAUUUAAAGAAAAUUUAACAAUUAACUUUAUUUACUCUUUGACUUUAUCACCUGUCACCGGAAAAGAAAUAUGCCACUUUUUUUGGGUUCACAAAUAU